CGGGGAGGCGGCCGCGGGCAGACGGCGCUGCGCUCGGCCGGGCGGCACCAUGCGGCCCCUGCUCUGCGCGCUGGCCGGGCUCGCGCUGCUGCGCGCCGCGGGCGCCUUGGCCGCUGCAGAACCCUUCAGCCCCUCCCGAGGAGGCCCAGCUCAGAGCACAGGAUGUGACAGGCACAGGGCUGUCGAAGGCCGUCUGGACGUCAUGCAGGAGACGCUGGAGAAGACAGUGGAGCACCUAGAGACAGAAGUGAAAGGCCUGCUGGGCCUGCUGGAGGAGCUGGCCUGGAACCUGCCCCCCGGGCCCUUCAGCCCGGCCCCCGACCUCCUUGGAGAUGAUAGCUUCUGAGCGCCGAGGUGGAGGAGCCCGGCAGCGGGGGGUAAUACACCUGCCAACAGCAACCCUCUGAGGACGCAGCCGCGUCUUCUCGCCUGCCUUCCCCAGCUUUGUGUGAAAUAAAAGCUACUCUUCUGGUCCCCUCUGUGUCUGCUGACAGAGCGACCCUGUAACCACAGCCCCUUCUCCGUCCACUCCUGUGCCCUGAGGCCUGCAUCCUUCUCCAGGCUCAGACCUGGGAGCCCUCUCCCCCCAGCCCCCUGCCGUCUAUACCUCAUCCCUCCUUAUUUACAGGGCAGAUGCGUUCACAGAAGUAGCCAGCAGACUGGCUACUCAAAACGGCCACAGACGAGCAGCAAUGGCAUCACCUGGGAGCUUGUCAGAAAUGCAGCGCCUGGGCCCCAGCCCAGGCUCCUGAGUCAGAAUCUUCAUUGUAAUGAGACCUCCAGGGGAUUUGUGUGCCCAUUAAAGUUUUUUCUUUUAAUUUUC